AUGGACGUGUCCUCGCUCCGGGCAGAGAUCAAGUCAUGGGAGAGGCUCUUCAAACAGCAGCACGGACGCGACCCGUCCGUCCAGGAGAUAAAAGACCUCCCUCACAUCGCCGAAAAGUACAAGCUCUACAAGAGGCUGUCCAAGCAACCCCAGCCAGCCACCGGCUCCGACUACACACGAGAUCAGCCACGUCCUUCCACGUCAUCGGCUCUCCAGUCCACCGCCAGGUCCAAGCCACGUCCGGUCAAGGUCGACCCGCCUGCCGCCACGUCCAAUCCCUUCUCGCCAGUCAAGAACAGGAACGCCAGGCAACGCGCCUUCUCCCCUGACCCUAGCGCACAGCCCAUCCCCUCUCUCCUCGCGUCAGUCCCACGCCCAAACCCGUUCAAGACUCCCACAAAGCCCAAACCGCCCCGUGGUGAGCCACGGCGAGCCCCCGAGCCGCCCAUACAAGAACUCGACGAGGAUCCCUUUCCGCUUAUCGUCCAGCCCAACAAGGCCACCUCGCCCCAGGCCACCUCUCCUCCGCCACCUCAUCAUACGCCGCAGCGCAACCCGUCUGCUUCCUUUACGAAUGCCACCGAACAUCCCCCGUCCGCAGCCUCUUCGUCCAACGAUGCCAUCCUCGCGCACGGCAAGAACGCGGUCACACGCGCACGCAAGCGCCUCCGUGGCGAGCUCGUCUCGCCCUCGCCCGUCAAGGAGAAGCGGCCCCGCGUCGCGGACACGCUGCCCGUCCAGCCCGCGCUCCGUUUCGACGACGCAGACCCGAGCGACGACGGCGAUGACGACGGGCCCGUCCGGCGCGGAGAGGCCGUCAUCGAGGACACGCCUGCCAAGCCCCUCGCGGGGAAGAAGCCCUUCAAGGUUCUCUUCGACGAAGCGGCCCUUCCGGCUGCUCAGCCGGUCUCCAAGGGCGCGGCACACACGAAAGAACAAGGCCUGACGAGGUCAAAGUCGGCGAACGCGAAGGGCCUUUUCGGGUUCGGAUUCUCUGCAGGUAAGGAGGGCGGCCUGAAGAGGACCAGGUCAAGGGCGCUCUCGCCGCUCUCGGAGCACUCGGACGACGGGAUGGACUGGGACGCCUCGGCUUCGACAAAAGGUCCUUCCGCGAAACUCAGAGCACCUGAUUUUUCACCCUCUGUCUCUGCCAAGUCCGGCGCGGCGCCGAAGCCCGUGAAGAAUGGUGUGAAGAUACCCACAGCUAUGCUACCGGGCAAAGACGACCUCUGGUCUGUGAGCACCUCUGACAACGCCACGUCCGCUUCCACCAGGUCCGAAGCGCGCCCGAACUCUCCCUCCUCGGAACGGCAGUCGCGGGCGACGCCGAAACAAGCCCUGUCUGCGCUCCCGCUGCUCCCCCCUUCGCCACCACAGGACCCGCAGCAGCCAAAGUACAUGGACAAGGGCAAGGGCCGGGCGCUCGCGCGGAAGAAGAGCAAGAUGCUGGGCGGUGACGACGAGGAGGACUCGGAAGACGAGCCGGGCGGGGCCGACCUCAAAGUCAAAGAGCUUCCGUGGCGGUGGCACCGGCACCGAAGCCAGGGUCAGGCGGACACUCUGCCGCGCGAGGGCCCUGAGCCUGAGCCGGACUCUGAGCCGGACUUUGAGCAACCUCUAAUCCGU